AUGUCACAAAUCAACAUCUUCAAAAUGACGAGGAUUUUGACAGCUUGCAAAGUAGUGAAGACCCUGAAGACUGGUUUUGGCUUUACCAAUGUGACUGCAAAACAUCAAUGGAAAUUUUCAAGACCUGGCGUUAGGCUCCUCUCUGUCAAGGCGCAGACAGCUCACAUUGUCCUGGAAGAUGGAACUAAGAUGAAGGGCUAUUCCUUUGGCCAUCCGUCCUCUGUCGCUGGUGAAGUGGUCUUUAAUACCGGCCUGGGAGGGUACCCGGAGGCUAUUACUGACCCUGCCUACAAAGGACAGAUUCUGACCAUGGUCAAUCCUAUUAUUGGGAAUGGCGGAGCCCCUGACACUGCUGCAUUGGAUGAAAUGGGACUUAGCAAAUAUAUGGAGUCUGAUGGAAUUAAGGUCUCAGGUUUGCUGGUGCUGAAUUACAGCAAUGACUACAACCACUGGCUGGCUACCAAGAGUCUGGGGCAAUGGCUACAGGAAGAAAAGAUCCCUGCAAUCUAUGGAGUGGAUACAAGAAUGCUGACUAAAAUAAUUCGGGAUAAGGGCACCACGCUUGGGAAGAUUGAAUUUGAAGGUCAGUCUGUGAAUUUUUCGGACCCAAAUAAACAGAAUUUGAUUGCUGAGGUUUCAACCAAGGAUGUCAAGGUGUUUGGCAAAGGAAACCCCACAAAAGUGGUAGCUGUAGACUGUGGGAUAAAGAACAAUGUAAUCCGCCUCCUUGUAAAGCGAGGAGCCGAAGUGCAUUUAGUUCCCUGGAAUCAUGAUUUCACCAAGAUGGAGUACGAUGGGCUUUUAAUUGCUGGAGGACCUGGAAACCCAGCUCUCGCACAACCACUAAUUCAGAAUGUGAAAAAGAUUUUGGAGAGUGACCGCAAGGAGCCAUUGUUUGGAAUCAGCACAGGAAAUUUAAUCAUCGGAUUAGCUGCUGGUGCCAAGUCCUACAAGAUGCCCAUGGCUAACCGAGGGCAGAAUCAGCCUGUUUUGAAUGUGACAAAUAGACAGGCUUUCAUUACCGCUCAGAAUCAUGGUUAUGCCCUGGAAAACACCCUUCCUGCUGGCUGGAAACCACUUUUUACAAAUGUCAAUGAUCAAACCAAUGAGGGGAUUAUGCAUGAAAGCAAACCCUUUUUCGGUGUGCAGUUCCACCCUGAGGUCAGCCCAGGGCCAACGGACACUGAGUAUCUGUUUGAUUCAUUUUUCUCACUGAUAAAGAAGGGGAAAGGAACCACUGUUACAUCGGUUCUACCAAAGCCAGCCCUGGUUGCAUCUCGGAUUGAGGUUUCCAAAGUCCUUAUCCUAGGAUCCGGAGGUCUGUCCAUUGGUCAGGCAGGUGAAUUUGAUUACUCAGGAUCGCAAGCUGUAAAAGCCAUGAAGGAAGAAAAUGUCAGAACUGUCCUGAUGAACCCAAACAUCGCAUCCGUACAGACCAACGAAGUGGGCUUAAAACAAGCAGAUAGUGUCUACUUUCUCCCCAUCACCCCCCAGUUUGUCACAGAGGUCAUCAAGGCGGAACGGCCAGAUGGGUUAAUUCUGGGCAUGGGUGGCCAGACAGCUCUGAACUGUGGAGUGGAACUAUUUAAGAGAGGUGUGCUCAAGGAAUAUGGCGUGAAGGUCCUGGGGACCUCAGUGGAAUCCAUCAUGGCCACAGAAGACAGGCAGCUGUUCUCAGAUAAACUAAAUGAGAUUAAUGAAAAGAUUGCUCCGAGCUUUGCCGUGGAGUCGAUUGAGGAUGCACUGAAGGCAGCAGACUCCAUUGGCUACCCAGUGAUGAUCCGCUCUGCCUACGCCCUGGGUGGGCUAGGCUCAGGCAUCUGUCCUAAUAAGGAGACCUUGGUGGACCUCAGCACAAAGGCCUUUGCUAUGACCAACCAGAUCCUGGUGGAGAGGUCAGUGACGGGGUGGAAAGAAAUAGAAUAUGAAGUAGUCCGAGAUGCUGAUGACAAUUGUGUCACCGUGUGUAACAUGGAGAAUGUUGAUGCCAUGGGUGUUCAUACAGGUGAUUCAGUUGUUGUGGCCCCGGCCCAGACACUCUCGAAUGCGGAGUUUCAGAUGUUGAGACGCACUUCAGUCAACGUUGUUCGCCACUUGGGCAUUGUGGGUGAAUGCAACAUCCAGUUUGCCCUUCAUCCUACCUCAAUGGAGUACUGCAUCAUUGAAGUGAACGCCAGACUGUCCCGAAGCUCUGCCCUCGCCUCCAAGGCCACUGGAUACCCAUUGGCAUUUAUUGCUGCAAAGAUUGCCUUAGGAAUCCCACUUCCAGAAAUCAAGAACGUUGUGUCAGGGAAGACAUCAGCCUGCUUUGAACCCAGCCUGGAUUACAUGGUCACUAAGAUUCCUCGCUGGGAUCUUGACCGUUUCCAUGGAACAUCCAGCCGAAUUGGUAGCUCCAUGAAGAGUGUAGGAGAGGUCAUGGCUAUUGGGCGCACCUUUGAGGAGAGUUUCCAGAAGGCUUUACGGAUGUGCCACCCCUCCAUAGAUGGUUUCACCUCCAGGCUCCCGAUGAACAAAGACUGGCCAUCCAACCUAGAUCUCAAAAGAGAGCUGUCUGACCCAUCCAGCACCCGCAUCUAUGCCAUUGCCAAGGCUUUGGAAGGCAAUAUGCCCCUUGAUGAGGUUGUGAAGCUCACAUCCAUUGACAAGUGGUUUUUGUUCAAGAUGCGUGACAUUUUAAACAUGGAAAAGACUCUGAAAGGGCUCAACAGUGAGUCCCUCCCAGCAGAAACCCUGCAAAGGGCAAAGGAGAUUGGGUUUUCAGACAAGCAGAUCUCCAAAUGCCUCAAGCUGACUGAGGCCCAGACCAGGGAGCUGAGGUUAAAGAAAAACAUCCACCCUUGGGUUAAACAGAUUGAUACACUGGCUGCAGAAUACCCAUCAGUAACAAACUACCUCUAUGUUACCUACAAUGGUCAGGAGCAUGAUAUCAAAUUUGAUGAACAUGGACUGAUGGUGCUGGGCUGUGGGCCAUAUCACAUUGGCAGCAGUGUGGAAUUUGAUUGGUGUGCCGUCUCCAGUAUCCGCACGCUGCGUCAACUUGGCAAGAAGACUGUGGUGGUGAAUUGCAACCCUGAGACCGUGAGCACAGACUUUGAUGAGUGUGACAAACUGUACUUUGAAGAGUUGUCUUUGGAGAGAAUCCUAGACAUCUACCAACAGGAGGCCUGCAGUGGCUGCAUCAUCUCCGUGGGAGGCCAGAUCCCAAACAACCUGGCAGUGCCUCUGUACAAGAACGGCGUGAAGAUCAUGGGCACCAGCCCACUGCAGAUCGACAGGGCUGAGGACCGCUCCAUCUUCUCUGCUGUCCUGGAUGAGCUGAAGGUGGCGCAGGCACCCUGGAAAGCUGUGAACACUUUGAAUGAAGCACUGGACUUCGCGAAGUCUGUGGGCUACCCCUGCUUGUUGAGACCUUCCUACGUUUUGAGCGGGUCUGCCAUGAAUGUGGUCUUCACUGAGGAUGAGAUGAAAAGAUUCCUGGAGGAAGCCACUAGAGUCUCUCAGGAACACCCAGUGGUGCUGACGAAAUUUAUUGAGGGGGCCCGGGAAGUCGAAAUGGAUGCUGUCGGCAAAGAAGGAAGAGUCAUCUCCCAUGCCAUGUCUGAACACGUGGAGGAUGCUGGUGUCCACUCGGGAGACGCGACUCUGAUGCUGCCCACACAAACCAUCAGCCAAGGAGCCAUUGAAAAGGUGAAGGAUGCUACCCGAAAGAUUGCAAAGGCUUUUGCCAUCUCUGGCCCAUUCAACGUCCAGUUUCUUGUCAAAGGAAAUGAUGUCUUGGUGAUUGAGUGUAACCUGAGAGCUUCUCGAUCCUUCCCAUUUGUUUCCAAGACCCUUGGGGUAGACUUCAUUGAUGUGGCCACCAAAGUGAUGAUUGGAGAGAGCAUUGAUGAAACACCUCUUCCAACAUUGGAGCAUCCCAUCAUUCCUUCUGACUAUGUUGGAAUUAAGGCUCCAAUGUUUUCCUGGCCCCGGCUGAGGGAUGCUGACCCCAUUCUGAGAUGUGAGAUGGCUUCCACUGGAGAGGUUGCUUGCUUCGGUGAAGGUAUCCACACAGCUUUCCUGAAGGCAAUGCUUUCCACAGGAUUUAAGAUACCGCAGAAAGGUAUCUUGAUUGGAAUCCAGCAAUCAUUCCGUCCAAGAUUCCUUGGUGUGGCUGAACAAUUGCACAAUGAAGGUUUCAAGCUCUUUGCCACAGAAGCCACGUCAGACUGGCUCAAUGCCAACAAUGUCCCUGCCACCCCAGUGGCCUGGCCAUCUCAGGAAGGACAGAAUCCCAGCCUCUCUUCCAUCAGAAAACUGAUUAGAGACGGCAGCAUUGACCUGGUGAUUAACCUCCCCAACAACAACACUAAGUUUAUCCAUGAUAAUUAUGUGAUUCGGAGGACAGCUGUUGACAGUGGGAUUGCUCUCCUUACCAAUUUCCAGGUGACCAAACUGUUCGCCGAAGCCAUCCAGAAAUCUCGCACUGUGGACUCCAAGAGUCUUUUCCACUACAGGCAGUCCGGUGCUGGCAAAGGGGCAUAG